GUCUUGGAAGGUUAACGCAAAGGUGUAAACCAGAGUUCCAUUCUAAACAUUGCUCAGCUAUUGCAUCACUUAAAAACCCUGGCAAACACAAGCGAGUCCCUGGUGGGCAUGGGCGCUUUGGGGGCGACCGCUGCAGCGCUUUUGUGCGAAGGCCGCUGUUACCAUCCUUGCCUCUCAACCCCACCCCGCUCAGCGUGAAUUGAGCGCUGUGUCUUUAAGGGGGAAGCGCGCGGAGGUUUCCGUCCGGGCAAAAUGUCUGCGAGGAGCCUGGAGGGGCUGGCGAGCGGGACCCGGGCCCGCCUUGGAAUCGCGCGGCGCCUCGCGGGUGACGCGGCUUAGACUUCUUGUCAUUCCUUCCUGAUAACGGAUCAUUAAACAGAACUGAGCCACAGAGAGCUCAGAAGCAUGGGACCAACAGUACUGCUCUCUCCCCUUCCACAAAAUAGCCCCAUGCAGACGCCGCAGAAAGGAUGAGUGAAGCGCUGAGGAGGACCAUGGAAGAUGGCCCUGGGCAGGACGACCCUGCGGCGGUGGGCCGGUGUCUCGGGCUGACCCCGGCGGUGCCAGGCCACUUGGAGGCGCCAUACUCCGAGGCCUGGGGGUACUUCCAUCUGGCCCCAGCAAGCCUCCGGCACCGGACCGGCCACUGGGCCACCUGCCGUCUGUGCGGGGAGCUGGUGCGCCGCGGUCCUGGUUGGCACGCAGGGACCUCGGCGCUGUGGAGCCAUCUGAAAAGCGCGCACCGGCAGGAGCUGGAGAAGAGCAGUGCUCCGCGCUCUCCGCCCGGCCUGCCGCGGCCAGACCCUGCCGCGAUUGCCGAGGGUGACUGGGCGCGCCUGUUAGAGCAGAUGGGUGCGCUGGCCGUGCGCGGCAGUCGGCGAGAGCGGGAGCUGGAGCGGCGCGAGGCAGCGGUAGAGCAGGGCGAGCGCACGCUGGAACGGAGGAGGAGGGCGCUGCAGGAGGAGGAGCGCGCUGCGGCCCAAGCACGCCAGGAGCUGCAGGCCGAGCGGGAGGCGCUGCAGGCGCUGCGAGAGAUCAGUCGCCGUGAGGGCGCCCUGGGUUGGGCCACCGCUCCAUCCCAGGUGCCGGUCAAAGAGGAUCCUGAGAACAGGAAUGGCUGCGUCAUCACUAAGGUCCUCCUCUAAGGGCUUGUCCCCUCCCACCUGAGGCCAAGAGUGGGCCGAGGACCAGUGCCGCCUCCUCUCCUGGGAGCAGAGGACCAGGCUGCUGCCUCUCUACUGACCAGGAUGACUAGGAAGCUGCAAAUGUGGGACCUCCCCGUGACGCUGCUGCUGCUGCUGCCGCUGCUCAGUUUGAGAAGCACUUCGAAGCCAGGGCAGAACCAAGUCAUUUCCUCCCUGGAUUGCCUGCCAGGAGGCCAGUACCUCCAGUGCUGGUGACCUUUCACACGCAGGGAAGGAGUGGCACACACAAACUCUCGGGAGCUCCGGGAGCCCCAGGAACCCAGAUCACCUGGUACCGUGGCCACUUUGAGUUGGGAAACUCGUGGCUGGUGACUUUGAAAGACAGUAGCUUCUUUACCAAAGACUUAUCACAUCACGCUCCAUACAGCAGUGUGGCCCAAAAGGACUAUACAUGAAAAUGAGGACAAAGCUUACCCCAAAAUAAUUUUACUCAUUUCCUAAUGCAUAACCUGCCCAGCACCAAGUUCUACAAAGGGAACCUGUUUCCAUGACCACUUUUAUGCUCAUCUCUAGAUUCUCAUCAGGGCAUCCUGGAGAGCCCUUUUUAUUCAAUUAACGCUACUACUAUAUCGCAUGGGCCACACCUCCUGCAGCCUUACUAGCAAGAUGUGACCUUAUCUUCUUGUUAUUAAGGAGAGAGGUCGCCCUGCCCCCACCCAGUCCUUGCAUCUGGGCCAGAGGAGAAAGCUUUCUUCUCCUGUCAGGCCACCUCUGCCCACUGUGUUUUCACCCUGUUACUCUUCCAUGUCUACUGGAUCUUUGCUGUUAGAAUUCCUUUCUCAGUCUCAUCCCUCCUUUUCUCCAGGGUCCUCUUUCUCAGCAGUGCUUCCUCCCUUGUCCUGAAAAGAAAGCCCAGAAGGCUCAAGUAUACUUCCUCCCCAUUGUUAUUCCUUCACUCCUGGUCAGCUUUUCAGCUAGACUGUUUGGAAGCCACCUAAAUCUCCAGUGAGCAAUACUGUAUGAUAACUGAUUUGGGGCCUUCAUUUUUGCUAAUCUCCCUUGAAAUUCCUCCCUCAGCAGGGAAUGUGAUU